AUGAAUCGCAACACGGGAAGGCUUUACCUGCAUCUGCUGGUAAAGAUGCGAAUAUUCUGUGGCCACCUGGCGGAACAAGAUUGGGCUAACUUGCCACUCCUACGUCAUUACUGUCGAAUGGUGUUUUUGGGCGCCAAGUGGUUUGUACAUCCCGAUUCAGAAGAAGGAAAAGAAUCAACUAGUAAAAGAAAAUCAAAUUCAGAUGAUAUCAUUUAUGAGAAAUUCAGGUUCAAUCACAAUAUGUGCUUGAUGGUUAGAAACUCUUUCCCUGAGGCUAAGGAAUUUUUGCCUCCAGCUGAGCUACUCUCAUUCAAUCUUGAUGACAUUGGAUGUUUAGUCCAGUGCUUGUAUAUAUUUUGCGCUCAAGCAACUGAGGUGCCUAGAAAUCUCAGCCACUGUACAAUUUCGAAACACGAUAAUUGUGAAGAUGGUUGA